AUGAAGCUCAUUAUAACGAUCUUCUCUUUGGCCGCUUUUACUAGCCUAGUAACGGCCUACUACAAAAUAUGUGUAGGCGAUACGGCUAGAUACGUCGGCGAUAACAACACCUGCUCUAACGCGUAUAAGCAAAUUAAGGGCGGAUUCCUAUUCUAUAAAAUUUGCUGUAACGAUCCCGCUUUUCCGAGUGUUAGCUGUAAUUAUAAGGGACACUAUUAUAAUUAG